AUGUAUCGGCAGAUCCGCCUCCACCCUGACGAUUUUCCACUGCAUCGAAUUCGCUGGCGGUCCUCUUCCUCGGAACCGCUGAAAACAUUCGAACUAACCACCGUCACCUACGGUACUGCCUCGGCGUCAUACUUGGCUACAAGAUGUCUCCUGGAGUUGUCGAAACAGGGAGCUAAUGAAUUUCCUCUAGCCGCGAAAAUCCUGUCGAAGGAUUUUUACAUGGAUGACAUGCUUACCGGUGUCGACGUUGAAGAAGGAAAAGACUUGUGCAGGCAGCUGCGAAGAUUGUUACAGUCUGCAGGUUUCAAUCUACGCAAAUGGGCGUCAAACUCGCCAGCUAUAUUAUCAACCAUACCUCCCGACCAACGCGAUCAUCGAGCAGUAAUAGCACUGGACUCACCAGCAACCAUAAAAACCCAUGGACCAAUAUGGGAGCCAUCGACCGAUUUACUCCAUUACUCUGUACUCAAUUGGUCCCAAACAACCAACAUCACAAGACGAACCGUAUUGUCGGAUACAGCGAAGCUUUUCGACCCUCUCGGCCUGAUUGGACCGGUAAUAGUUCUUGCCAAAAUAUUUGUUCAAUCUCUCUGGCGAACGUCUACAUCCUGGGACAAUCCACUAGACGAGUAUCAUCAGCAGCAUUGGUUGGAGUUCCGCAGCAGUUUGCAAGGAUUAGUAUCUAUUACCAUCCCAAGGUGGGCAACCCCUCCAAUCGCGUAG